CUCAUCCUCAUCUCCCGAGCGCCUCUCCUCUCCUGGAAAAAAACACCCACCACUUCCUUUACGGACUCACACAAAAUCGAUAGUCAAUCAACCCAACCAUGAAGUUCGCGAUCUCCUCUGUCAUUGGUGCCGCUUCCGCCGCUGUGCUUAUGGCAUUUUCGACUAUUCAAGUCUCUGCCUUGCCCGUUAACAGCGCUCCCUCGCCCUCAGGCCUUGAAAAGCGCGAUAUUGCCGGAAUUAACAACUACGCCUGCAAGCCGACUGCUGCCCACCCUCGCCCCGUUAUCCUGGUCCAUGCCACUUUGCUUACUGUCGACUCAUGGAGCGACAUUGCCCCAGCGCUUAUCAAGAACGGCUACUGUGUUUUCGGCCUUACCUACGGAAGGUACAAGAACUCGACCUUCGGAGGUCUCGCUCCCAUUGAAGAUUCUGCUCAAGAGUUGGCUACUUUUGCGGACAAUGUCCUUGGCAAGCUGAACGUGACCCAAGUCGAUAUCGUUGGCCACUCCCAGGGCGGCAUUCUUGCCAGAUACUGGAUGAAGUACCUGGGUGGCGGUGGCAAGGUCUACAGACACGUCGGGGUCUCGCCCAUUAACCAUGGUACCACCCUGGACUCGAUUACUACGUGGGCAAAGGCUUUCAAGAUCUUUGCGCCUUCGCAGGUCAUUUCCGAUUUCUUUGCGCCCUCGUUCUACCAGAUGGUUGACAGCUCGGACUUUAUCAAGAAGUUGAACGCGGGAGGAGACAUUGCCCCUGGUGUUGUCCAUUCGAACAUUGCCACCAAGUACGAUGAGGUUGUAACUCCGUACCAGACCUGUUUCCAGAACGACGCUGGUGUCACCAACAUUGUUCUCCAGGAUCUUUGCGCCCUGUCGUUGAACGAGCAUCUGACCAUGGUCAACACCAAGGUUGUUCUGCAGUUCAUCCUCAACCAACUCGACCCCACAACCGCCAAGACCGCCAACUGCCUCUCCUUGCUUUAAAUAAGGAACCAUAUACCAAGGCCACUUGAUGUAUAACCCAUCAAGGCCGUCAUUACUAUCCUUCAAUCUCUGAAAUCUUGAC